UGACGUCACAUUUCUCGGCACCGGGCUGUCGCUAGUCUGCCCGGGUCUGCAACAGACAGCUGAGGGGUUUCCAGACGGGGGAUCCCAGCUUCAUUGCGGCCUUAUAAUAUCGAAACGCAGAAGUCUGAAGUUUAUUUCAAUGGCGAAAACGUACGAUUAUCUCUUUAAACUCUUGCUUAUCGGAGACAGCGGAGUCGGCAAGACAUGUCUGCUGUUCAGAUUCAGCGAGGACUCCUUCAAUACCACCUUCAUAUCUACAAUAGGAAUAGACUUCAAAAUCAGGACAAUAGAGCUGGAUGGAAAGAGAGUCAAACUUCAGAUAUGGGAUACUGCGGGCCAGGAGAGGUUUCGCACCAUCACUACAGCAUACUAUAGAGGAGCAAUGGGUAUCAUGCUGGUCUAUGACAUCUGCAAUGAGAAGUCCUUUGAGAACAUAAAAAACUGGAUUAGAAAUAUUGAAGAACAUGCCUCGUCUGAUGUGGAGAAGAUGAUCCUGGGAAACAAAUGCGACAUGACUGACAGGAGACAGGUGUCUAAAGACAGAGGUGAAAAACUGGCCAUUGAUUAUGGAGUUAAAUUCUUGGAAACCAGUGCAAAGUCUGGCUUGAAUGUUGAAGAGGCUUUUUAUACCAUGGGAAGAGACAUACUGCAUAAUCUGAGCUCAAAGUCGACUGACAACAGUGCUGGAGGAUCAGGCAAACCGGUCAAGAUCACAGAGAAAAAGUCGAAGAGAAUUAAAUUCUUCAAGUGCUCACUCCUCUAAGCUGCUCACGUAUGUGGCGUGACAUUGGUGUUUUGGAGGGUUUCCCGCCUUUUGGCCUUCCUCGCUGCGGAGGCGGCCGUGGUCAUAUAAUCAUGGGGCCUUAUUGCCAGCUGGACUUACAGGUUCAGGGGAGGCUGAGAUGCUACCCUGAUCUGCUGACCAGACGAGGAUCAAUGACGAACGAGGCUUUAUAUGUGUUCAUGCAAAAAGACUGAUGCAUGAAUAUCAGCAGUGGUUUGUAGCUCACCCUGCAGUGCCUGCUGACUGUGGACAUGUCUGUAGGAUGUCUUAAAAAAUAUCUGUUACAAAUAUUGGUCUCAUAAAUGGUAAAUGAAG